AUGGAGCAAUUACUCAAUAAUCUUGUGGAACUGGGCAGAACAGAAAAAUUUAACGGGGAAAUUGAUUAUGGAGCCGAGAUCUCAUCGGAUUCACUUUUGGAAGCUAUGAAAGUUGUCGGUACAGAUCAUUCGAGUCAGAAGAUCAUUGAUAGAUUUACGGAGAAUGCACCAAUAAUCCAUAAAACACUUCUAUCCAUCACUUUUGCAAACUAUCUUCAAUCAAAAAUGACAUCUUCUGAAUCUGUCACGUCAACGGCAGUAGACUCCUCAUUAUCAGCGGAAGUCAUGAAAAAAGCACGUCGGUCAAUUCGUCUCCUUCUGAAUCUCAUUCAACGUUCCCCAGAAUUUGCAUCUAAAAUCCCAUCGGAAUGCGUGGAACUUUUAGAAACGCUCAUCGCGACGGCGUCGUUUCAUUCUGAAUGUCUUCUGAUUCUUGUGAAAACAGCUGAUUCGACGUGGCUAGAGUUCCAAAAAUCAUUCCGAUAUUCUCAUCUUCUGGAACGAAUUCUGAAUUCGGGAAUAUCAUCGGAAAAUUCUGAUGAAACCACGUCAAUUCUCGCAUAUUUCUCAACACUUCUCGAAAGAGAUUACGGUUUUUUGUCGUCGUGUUAUGCGGAAAUGUCGUCUGAAUCUUUUUGUGAAGUUCUUGACGUUGUUAGAGUAAUUAUCGAGCGAAAUUCGAAAGUUUGUGAUGGAAAACCUAUGAAAAUUCAUUCAAAUAAUCUACUAUUCGUGAUAAACCUAUUGGAACUCAUUACGGUAGAUUACACUGCAUUUCUAAUGGCAAAGUUGAAAAAAGAGCCGAAAUCUGUCGAAGAAAGGAGACUAAAAACUGUGGAAAUGCUGAAUUUGGUUGUAGAAAUUGUGGGAGAAAUGUGCACCAAUGUUGAGAUGACAUCGAAUUUGAAUGAAAAAGCAACAGCUAUAAAUGCAGUCGUUGAUGUAUUGGAUACGAUUCUUCACGCCGAAUCUCUUUUCUCAGACUUUCGUGUUUCUCAAUCUGAAAAUUGGCCUGACAUUCCAUUGAAUGAUUCAAAAUUCGAAGUUCUUCGCCAGAAAAUUGAGGAAGAGAAACGGUACGAAGCGACGCAGAGAAGAUAUGAAGAUCGACCUAAACAGCCACCACCCUCAAAACUUCUUCGUGUUGAAACAUCCGAAUCGUUAUCGCAUUUGGCUCAAACUAUUUUCUCUCAAUAUCAGAAAAUUGAUGACGUGAUCGGUCUGCCACGUGUCGGAGAACUUAAAUUGAAUUGUUUGAAAGCUAUUAGUAAUCUGUGCAGUCUGUCCCCAGAUAAUAAGCUGGCCACUCUUCAAAAUGGUCGACAAGGAUUACUGUCAGUACUACAGUGUACAUCACGGAGACCUGCUUAUUUUAUGGAAAGUUAUGCAAUGCGUAACUAUUCUAUUUUCUGUGUUCGCCAAUUAACGGACAAUUGUCAAGAAAACAAAGAAGUGAUCCUUCAAUUGGGACAACCAACUCAACCAAUUAUUGAUCGAAAACGGCUUCUCAAAGAGUUUGGAAUUGAUGAAAACGAGCUUAGUGGGACGUCGCAUAUGUGA